AUGCUUACUUUGGCCUGGGCGAACGUUCUCUACGCCAAGGGCGGGAACUACAACGCACAGGUGGUGAUCCCCGACGACAAGCCGGAUGAGUCACUGCUGGUGAGGUUCACGAGGGAGGUGAUGAAGGCGGGGGUGCUCCAGGAGUGCAAGAUACGGAGGUGGUUCGAGAACACUGUGGAGAAGAAGAAGCGCAAGGUCCAGGACGCCGCCCGAAAGCGAAAGCUAGGAUCUUUCGUUGCGUUCAUAGCCAAAGCUCACGGCGAACGAGCAAAGGUGAGGAACCAUGCAGAUGGAAUGGAAAUGGCUGGGAAAGUUGGGGUCGACAGCCAUGCUUGGAUUAGUUUGCCUCUUGGUAUCAUUAGCGGUGGUGUCGUCGGAGUGGAGCAUUGGAAUUGA